AGAAUAGUUUAACGCGUUACUGUUCCCUUUCUUGACAUUUCCACCCUGGACUCCUUGACUUUGGAUGUCAGAUUGACUAUAAAUUGGUGAAGUAAACAUGCUACAAAGUGUUUUAAAGAUUGGAUUACUCAAAAGGUGUAAUCAGUGUCUCUUGAAUGCAGUAAGAAAUCUUAAUACUGAAGGACAUUUUAUGAAAACAGAGUUGCAAUUUUUAACACAUGAAGAUGAGUCAAAUUACUUAUAUGUCCAUGCUUUUAGUCAAAUGGGAUUUUUAUUGAGCAGUGAAACUAGAGUAUUAGGUCCGAUUGCACUUUUUCCAAAGACUGUCUUACACUGGAAUGUCAGAAGUCAUGAACAUAUAAAUGAAGAAUCUCUAGCCUUGUUUCCAUUGCUUGUUCCCAAGUUAGACUUAGUGAUAAUAGGCUAUGGUGACAGAGAUAACAAAGUCAGUAACAGUGUCUUUACUUUCCUAAAAUCAAAGAAGAUCAAUGUAGAAAUAUUACCUACAGAUGUUGCUUGUUCUACAUUCAAUUUCCUGAAUUUAGAAAGGCGCUAUGUGGCUGCAGCUCUGAUUCCACCAAGAAAAGAUAUGGAUAUCAAAAUUAAGGAAAAUAAUGAUGAAAUUGUGAUAGGUUCUACAAUGCCAAGAAAUGUAAGGGUGGAUGCUAGUGAUACAGAUAUAACAAUAGAAAAAAGUAAACAACUUGGAGGAGGCAACAAAAUCCCUAGCUUGCAACAAAGAUUUCGAAAAUUUAUCCAAGAAGAUGGAGAGACAAAUGAAAAAGAAACAAAAGACAAAAACAAAACUGAUAAUGAUAAGAAAUCUUGAUAAAAGUUUUAACUUGUUAGAUAAGAAUUGAUAUUAAGUGACAAUACUGUACUUCAAAUUAUAUAUGUAUUUCACAUGAAUCUACAUUCAUAGAAACAUUACUAAAAAAUUGUUAGCAGGGACACAAUGUGUUGAUUAUCUCUCCACAAAAAAUCAAAAUAAUUGUAAUAACUCACACUCUAGUUAUCAUCAUUUACUAAAUUUUACUUUUACAUCCCCUAAAUUUCUACCAUUUAUUGGUUCACAUACUGGUACAUUUUUCAAACCAAAUUUUGUUUGUAACUAUACGGUGAAUUCAAAAACAAAGCUACUUUGCAUUCAACACCUUUUAAUCCAGUCUAUACUCCUUUUGGAAUUAUUUUGGUCAAUUGAUUUUCAACAUAUAAUAUUUUUUUAAUUUCAAAUAUUUGUUUUAGCACCACUGUUGAACUUUUGAAAUGUAAAAAUUUAUUGUUUAUUGUUUUUUUACAUAAAUCAGGCUAUUAUA